GUACACCUUUACGUACAAAAGUUCGCGCAUGUGCUUGUUUAAAUCAUUGAAAAAAGGUUUAUUUAUUGGCAUUUUAAUGGUCUUGUAUUGAUUAUUCAUUAUGCUCUACAUUAUUUUAAUGAAAAACGUUUUAGAAAUUCAUAACUAAUAGAUAAAAGUUAACUAAUUUUGGUAAUGUGCAUAUCGUUUUAUGGGCAAACUUUUUGAGGUUAAAUUGAUUUUUGAAAUUAUCUAUUUGAGCCCCCUAACGGCUAUUAAAUAAAUCAAAUCAUUUCUUUGGCGGGUAACACUGCUGAGAUCAGUAAAAUAUCUGCAUUAUUUCGUCCACCGACUGUUGAACAAGUGCUACGCAAUUUUUAAUUGAAUGUUUUUGGAAAUGAAAAAUUGCAUGUAGUAAUUGAUCAGUUUUACAAAUUUUAAUAUAUUCUUGUUGUAGUGAAAAGAUAAAAAAAAUUUUUAAUUAUAGUCAUUAAAAAAAAUUAAUAAUAAUUGUUAAAAAAUUAACAAAAAAGGUGUUGAAAAAAUAAAAGAAAAAAAAGAGGGGAUAAAAACAAAUGUUGAUCGUGAACUCGUAUCGUGCGCGAUUGGCGGUGAUUCUACCAACGACAACGAGAAAGAAUUGAGGGAUCAAGAAGGGCAGAGACGUAAGGGAUGAGCGCAAUCGACGUAACGAGCAACCAACUCGUAUACUGAAAGAGGCUCGUGUGGUUUAUCAUAUAUAAAUAUACAAUACUUGUGUUUAUAAUUUUUUAAAUAAUUAUUAAAAUAAAGAUCUCGAGGUAAUCUUCUGAUAUAUCCUCGUUGUUAAAUGCAAAUCGUAUUUAAUCGUGAAAAAAAUCGCGGCAUCGUUCACGUCAAUUAUAUCUUCCUACUACUGCGGUCGUAUUGUGUAUGAAGAAGUGUUUUGUCUUUUUCGUAUCUAUCAUGGCGUAUUUGAAAUUACAUCCAGAAAUCGCAAUAAGCUUAUACAUUGUGUGGAUCGUAAAACAGUGAAAUAAACUUGGAUGAAAUAUUGACAGUAAAAAAAUUUAGAUGGUGAAGGGUGAGGUGGGAGUUUGAAGUUGAAGACGAGGUCGUUUUGGGUGAAGUUCAGUGUUAUUUGACGCCCAAGGACAAGUUGUUGGAUACUUGAACUACAUUUGAAUAAUACGAUACAUAUAUAAAACGUAACAAAUGGCAUCGUCGACGAUUGCCGUGCCAACAGCAACUGCUCCAGCUCCUGUGACGACCAUGCAAGAAAGUGAAGAAGUUGACGGUGGAGAUUUAAUGGGCGAUUGGAAUAUUGGAGAAAAUGAUAGAACUGAUGGAGCUAUAUCUAGCAAUGCUGGUGAUCCACUUGAAGAGAUUCCUGAUGAAAAUGGCAAUACUAGAGAUGAGGAGUGUGCUCUCUGUGAGAGGAAGUUAUGCUCACCCAGAUUACUCUCUUGUCUACAUGUUUUUUGUGAAUCCUGUUUGGAUAAGCAGUUGAUUAAUGAUGGGAAUGAUUCAAAAAUUGACUCAAUAAUUACUUGUUCAAUAUGUGGUCAACAAACAUCCGUGGGACCUAAAGGAGCUGCAUCGUUACCUUGUGACUAUGUUCUUACUAACAUCUUAGACAUGUCAGCAAUAGAAAACAUGACUGUUCUUUGCACCUCCUGCAAAACUAAAGAGAGUGCAGUGGCACGUUGCUCUGAUUGUGCCAAUUUUUUGUGUCCCAAUUGUAACACUGCUCAUCAAUACAUGCGAUGUUUUGAGAGCCACAGAGUUAUAGCAUUUGAGGAUCUCAAAAAAUCAAAUAAGACUGUACCUAUUCACAAGCCUAUUUUUUGUGAAUUUCAUCCUGCUGAAAAUAUGAAAUUCUAUUGUUAUACAUGUCAAGAACCAAUUUGCAAUGAAUGUCUACUAGUAGAGCAUAAAACACCAGAACAUCAAUACGAAAGAAUCUCUGAUGCUGAAGGUCGUCAAAUAGAAGAGAUAGUCAACUUGAUGUCUGAAAGUAAAACUAAGAUAUCGGAAUGUGAGAGAGCAUCUCUACAGCUUGAGAAUGCAUUAAGUGAACUACAAUCUCAACAUGAUCAAGCAAAAGAUCUUAUAAUAGAAACUUUUCAAAGUUAUAAAGCCAUUUUGGAAAAGUGUCGAGAUAAUGCUUUGAAUAAUCUAGAAAAACUACAUUCCGAAAGAGAACUCGAAGUAAUGGAUACUUUUCAUAAUGUGGAUAAAACCAAGGAGAAAAUUGAAGAUGCAAAUCGUUUUACUUCAAGACUACUCGAACACGGUGACACGAUAGAAAUUUUAGCCCUGAAAAGAUUAGUGUCAACUCAACUGAUGAAUUUAAUCAAUAAUACCCCAAAGCCGAAUAUCAAAUUUUCGAUUGAAUUUCAAACAGAUUAUGAUCAUUUUGAUAGUGUUAUAAAUGAAUGUUUUGGAAAAUUUAAAACCGAAAGUACACCAAACGUUAAAACAUCACCGGAAAUUAUAACAACAAUGGCAGCUGUAACUAGUCAUCAAAUAGUGCCGAUGCCUUGCCCUAAUUCCAUUAGUACUAAUUCAUCUAUUUCCUUACCUACGUCAAUGCAAUCUUCUUUUGAAGGUGAUCCUUCUUUCAUUAUACCUCCUACAUCAAGUCCACAAAAUGUUCCUCAACCUCCACCACCUGUUUCUCUUCCUCCAGGUCCAAUGCAUGGUUUUACAAGUAUUCAAGAGUACAAUUUGCAACAAUUAGCAAGUCUUGCAGAAAAAGUGGAUCUCAAUGACUCAAGUGUAGUUGCGCCGAGCGCUAACCCAAGUCCAACUCCGUCCUUCACACUGGCCGAUUUACUCGCGGGUGAAUUUCCGGUUAAUUCUACCAGCCAUGCCAUCAAUAAUUUACAGGCCCUAGCGAAAUUAGAAGCUCUUAGGAGUAAUUCUCUGGCCAAUCAAGAUUUGGGAAAUCCAACGUUAAAUGGUGGAGGAGGUCUGGUCUUAGGGCGUGUUCCAUCACCCGUAAUGAAUGAACCUCCCAAUUUAGGAUCUUUAAGUGCAAAUACACUUCUUAAUGGAGGCUUUCAAUCUUUAUCAAACUCAACAUCGCCUAUUUUAUCACAAGGGCAAGAUGACCUUAAAAACGAAUCGAUGCACAAUAUGCAAGGAGUAGUAACUAAUAGUGUUGCUAAUGUCCCUGGUAGCGGAGCUGGUAAUUACACCCAUUCACGUUCUGCUAACACAAAACAAACACCGAUGCAAAUUCGAUCAAAAUUUGGUCAGCUUGGACCUGGUAAAGGCCAAUUCAAUUCACCUCAUGGAUUUUGUCUUGGUGCUGAUGAAGAUAUCAUUGUCGCAGAUACAAACAAUCACAGAAUUCAAAUAUUUGAUAAAAUGGGUCAAUUUAAAUCGUUGUUUGGAAUUCCGGGCAAGGAAGAAGGUCAAUUGUGGUAUCCAAGAAAAGUUGCAGUAAUGAGGAAUUGUGGAAAAUUUGUGGUCUGUGACCGUGGAAAUGAACGAUCUAGAAUGCAAAUUUUUACAAAGAAUGGACAUUUUAUUAAAAAAAUAGCUAUUCGAUAUAUUGACAUCGUAGCAGGUCUUGCUGUCACUAGUCAAGGGCAUAUUGUGGCUGUUGACAGUGUGUCACCUACUGUGUUCGUUAUUAGCGAUAAUGGUAAUCUCCUUAACUGGUUCGAUUGCAGUGAUUACAUGAGAGAACCAAGUGAUAUCGCCAUAAGUGGGAAAGAGUUUUUUGUUUGUGACUUCAAAGGACAUUGUGUUGUAGUAUUCAAUGAAGAAGGUCAUUUCUUGCGUCGUAUCGGCUGUGAAAAUAUAACAAACUUCCCGAAUGGGAUUGAUAUUAGCGACGCUGGAGAUGUGCUGAUUGGCGAUUCUCACGGAAACCGUUUUCAUGUUGCUGUAUAUUCACGAGAGGGUUCUUUAAUAUCUGAAUUUGAAUGUCCUUAUGUAAAGGUAUCACGAUGCUGCGGCCUUAAAAUAACUUCUGAAGGUUACAUAGUAACAUUGGCCAAAAACAAUCACCACGUCCUUGUGUUAAACACUCUCUACAUAUUAUGAGGUGAGAAAAGACCACUAAUAACGUCGCAACUUCCGCCUGCAUGCAGUACUUCUUUUGAAACUGCAGUAUUCCCAACGAAAAGAUGAAAAACAGGCAAGUCCUGGGCAUUUCGCCAGUUAUUUUCUGGCCUAUCAAAAGCAAUAGCAUACAGUGAAUAUUCUCUAUCAACCAACAUCAUCAAAAAAUACAUCUCAUGCGGCUUUAAUAGUUACGAAACAAAUAUGCGUCCCUGUUUUAUGAAAGUAAACAUCAGAAACUAAUAACUUUAAUGCGUUAACGGUUUUAAAUAGAGAAAGUUGAAUCAACAAAAAUGAGAGAAAGGGAACGAAGGUAAGGUGCAAAGUUUAGCAUACAUUUUCGACCAAACACAGUAUAAUAGUUAUUUAGAGAAUUGCAUUUGGUAAACUGCCAAGGGGUUAAAAAUGACAAAUUUUAAGUGUACCGUAGGAGCCUCUGGCUGCAGGCUAAUCACGAUUAAGCGUGUGUGCGUUGCGUGCUAGUAGACAAGCGCGGAUUGCUUUAUUAGCUGCCGAAGCAAUUUUUACAAUGGCCUUUUUGUCAAAAUUGGUCGUUGGACAUCAUUUUGACAUGUCAGUAUUUUAAGUAAUAAAUCACAAAUCAAAGUAAUCUAGUCUUAUUCGAGCACCAUCAUCCUCUUCUAUACUGUUUUAUCAGUUGUGCUCAAAUAUUUCAAAUGCUCGAAAUCACUCCCUUUCUUUUCUGUUUCCUUAUAAUUGUGUAACUUGUUAAAAGAAAGGGAGAAUAAUUGUUAAGAAAUAGAUAUAAAUUAUUUGAAGUUUUUAAAACAGUUCAAAUAAUUAAUAAGAUCAAUAUCAUCAUCAAUGAUAAAUUAAAUUUUUAUUUUAUUCUUUAUCUUGAUGAUUUAAAAAAACAAUUUAAGGACUUCCAAUUUAUUUUAUUUAUGUUUUUUUUGUUAGCCCCAGGAAAAUCAUUUAUCUUUUGAGAUUGCAAAAUCUUUGUUCUACUUGUUAUAUACUUGCACUAUUCAUCUUUGAUAUCCUUGGGCUGACAAUUUCAUAAGAUAAAAUAAGUUAAUAGAUCAUCGAGAAAAGAAUAAUAAUUAUAAGACAUUGCUGUCUAAUAAAAAACAAAAAUUGAACAUAAAUAUAUAAAUAUAUAUAUUACCUUGAAAAUUAGAUAUUAUAUGUGUGAAUUAUUGGUCGUGGUGCUAGGCGAUAUAUCUCAUAGUUUAACAAUUACAUUGAAUUUUUAAGAGUAAAGAAAGAAAUCGGUAUGUUGGUGGGAUUUAUAAGAUGAAAAAUUACUUAUAAAUCACGUUCUUUUAAUCAUUUAUUAUUUUUUUUUUUUAAUUUUAUUAUUUUCUGUAUUACCGCCAUGUGUGGUCUUGUAAAUUGUUCUGUAUAAAAUUGAUACUUUAUAGAUGAUACUUUCAAUUUUAUCAGCAGAUAUGCUGUUGACUAGAAUAACGUCUAUGUAUCUUAUACAAGGGUAAUUGAUAAAAAGAAACGUAAAGAUAUAAAAAGUGACAAAAGCCAUUCAUUGAAAAAUAAAAAAUGCAAAUAAUAUAGAAAAACACAUAUUUUUUAGGGUUGUUUACAUGAUCAGCCUUAUAAUUGGAUUAACAAAAAAAUUUAAAUACAGAAUGGAAAGAAACGAUACAGCGUGCAAUUAAUUGGGCGUCAUGUAUUUGACAAUUUAUUGCUACGUUGUCUUAUAUAUAUUUAUCAAUAGUUAUUUCAUAUUUAUGAUAUAUACUUUCUCGCCAUAUUAAACAUUAAGUAGUAGUAUAUUCAGGCGUAAAUUUGAGCUUUGAAAAAAAUUGAUUUGUAUUGAAUAUUUACAUAUUUAUUAUAAAUUAUAAUGGAAUAUGAAAAUUCCAUGGAAAAUCCGAUGAAUAAGAAAUUAAUAGUCAUAAAAAUUGACUAUAUGAUCCAAAAAAAGAGUAAGGACAAUUAAAGAAAAGAAGUAAAUAAAAACAGAAGAAAGCGUUAAAAAAAUCAGUACUAAAUAUUAUAACUUAUUCAAUGUCUUACUAAUUUAAUAUUCAUCGGAAUAUCGCUAGAAAUUUUUAUUUUAUACACAACACGAGUAUGAAUGACGAGAAUAUUUUAAACAAAAACAAAUAAAUUAAAUUUCAAAAGAUAUUUAAUAGUCAUGGUUAGCAAAGUUAUAAAUGAAUAAUGCCUGUGAUAAUAGUAUCGUCAGGAUAAGUUGUGUCCUUAAAGAGUCUCUGAUAUUGUUGUUAGGUAAAUAUAAAUUAGAGAAAACUACUGAGGAAUCUGAAUUAAAUGCUGGAGUUGUCUUGCUAUUAAUUAGAAAAAAGUAUAAGUUACAAAGAUAAAUAAUAAUAAUAAUACUAACAAUAAUAAUAAUUAAAGAUACAUAGAUAAUAAAUAAAUUAAAAAAAAAAAAACGGUGUGUUCAGGUCUGAUUUGCACAACGAUACCGACACACGCUGCGCCCACCAACAGUCUCCAACGGUACGCUAAAUAAUGAAUUAAAAUUAAAGCAUAAUUUAAAAAAAAAUUACAGGCGAAAUUGAUAGCAUAAACGAAUGGAUGACCAUUAAAAAGAGGAUCUUUUACCUCACAAAAUUAUUAUAUUACGCUCACCUUAUAUAUACUUGAAUAUUUUAGUAUAGAUUUACUCUAUUUACAUAUUUUUAUCUGUGGAAGACUACUUGGCUAAUUUAGGCCACUGUUGAAAUUCACCCCUUAUUUGCCUUGAUGUUUAAAUUACAACAAUAAUAUUUAAAGAAGUAAAUGAAAACAAAAAAAAAUAAUAAUAAUUAAAAUAACGAAAAAAAAGCGGAUUACUUGUUACGUAAAUGGUAAUUGUGAUAGAUUUUUUGAUGAUUUUUACAAUCUCAAAAGUCUUAUUAUCCUAAUAUGUUUAGAAUUAUAUCUCUUUAAUCACACUCUACGUAAUAGAUACACUCUGCUUAACUGUUAAAGCAAUAUUUCAUAAAAAAAUAUUUAAAAAAAAAAGUAAAGCGAUAUAGCGCAUUACAUCUAAAAACACAUUCAAAAACACCUCGGGACUAUAACAAAAUUCAAUAUAAGGCAUUCUAAUCUGAGCUUGACACUGGAUGACAAUUGCUUAUUAUUCUCAACGAACUCUAUAUUCACUAUUAGUUUACAAUUAUCCACUAUUCACCGAAUGUCUUAAACAUAUGGAAAGUAGUUAAACAAUUUAGAGAAAUGAUACAUUAGCAGUAAAAAAUAAACAGUAACAAAAUUUCCGUGAUCUGGAAAACUCGAUUAAAUGUUGUUCAAUUUUUAAAUUCAACUUGCUGUUUUUAGAUUUAACAUUUAAAUCAACUGAUCAAAGAACUGGAAAAAUAAUAUCUGGAAUCGGUUUUUUUGUCCAAAAAAGAUUUUACCAGUUUUUUAAUCAGACUAUCAGUAUCAUCGGUAUUUUGUAUAGCUGAUAAUAAGAAAAAAAUUAACUACUCCUAUUUUAUUGACCUUAUAUUUUCAACAAACAUCUUCUAUAUACACAAUUAUUGGUAUCAGAUGAUAGGAUUUUAUGAAAAAAACACGAUAUAAACUGAGAAUUCUAGCCUACGGUUAAUCAUAGUCUUCCUAGAAUCAUUGAGUAAUAUUGACUAUGCUAUAAAAAUUUUAGGAACAGUUUUAGAGUCAUUCAGUUUAAUUAAAACAUAUUAUAAAUAUAUAUAUGCGUAUAUAUGUAUAUAUUUAUACAUAUUUAAAAAAAAAACACAUUGACUUAUUAAUUAUAACUGAGAAAACGUGAAAAUUCAAAAAAUAAAUGAACGUAUAUCAAUUAUUAUUCAUUCAUGAAAUCUAAUAAUUGAAGAGAUUGAAAGAAGCUAAAUAAUUUUUUAUUGGCUCGUGCAAUGAAAAUUAAUAUAUCAAUUAUUUUAUUAUUCUAUUUUAAAUGUCUCAAUUUUUUAAUUUAAAAUUUAUAUAUCAAGAUUAAAAGCAAAAAAAAAGAAAACAAUAUCGAUCGAUGAAAAUUUAGAAAAAAAAAAUAUUACGUCUAUAUGUUUCAGGAAGAGAGGGAAAGAAUCGAAAGAAGGAAGCGUAAAAAGUAAAUGUCGAUAAUUUCUUAUACAAUAAUAGUUUUUUUAAAAGCAGUAUUUUUUAUUCCUAAUCAUUCAUAUACACCCAACUAUUAUAUAAUUUAUUAUUUGUAUUCUCGUGCAUUAAGCAUUAUGUGUUCCAUUGGCUGUUUGCUAUUUAACGUAUAUAAGCGUGCAUAUUUAAAAGAAAACGAUGUCUUUGCAUCAAAAAUUUUUCUUCGUCUGCCAAAUUAAUGCAAUGAAAUUUUUACUAAUAUGACUACCGAUCGGAGUUUAAAUCAA